AUGAGUGAUCUCGGCCGCAAAGACAUUUCUGACAAAAUCUCCUCCUCUGUCAAGCCAGACAACCAGAAAACUACCCCAGAGCUUGUCAAGGACAAGGUGACUGACACUGUUGACAAUGCUGUUGGCGACAACACUAGAUCUGGUGACAAGUCUUUCCUCCAACAAGCUUCUGACGCUGUCUUUGGUGAAAAGAAGUAA